AUGAUAAGACAAACUAUGAAUUUCCCAUCAUUCGGAGGGCAUUUCGCAACAGCGCUGCCAACGAUUCAUCAAUUUGCGGCGAAAUUUUCGCAAGGCAAUGCUACUACACCACUGUGUCCACCGCCAGAAACUAACCAAAGAUAUACUGCCAAUGGAAUACCAUCCUUCACCCAACAUCACCAUGCUAAUCCACAGCAGAUGCUAAGCACAGUAAAUUCUAGUAAGUUCCAGACCAACUACAUCAACCAGACAAUAUACACGCAAUCUUCCAGCAAUGGACAUGACAAACGACAAAAUUUUGAACCUCAGGAAUUGGCGCAAGAGUUGUGUGCGGUUAUGCUACAACAGGGUCAACAACAUCAGGAAAAACAGAAGGAAAAGCCCAAAUUGGAAACAAGAUCAUCGCCUCCGCAAAAUCAGCAAAGAAUUAUUCAACAACCCCCGACGCAAAUCAGCCAACCUGAACAAAACCAAAACAAUCCUACUAUGCCUUCUGCUUGGCAAUCAUUGACCACGCCUAGUGCUACUGUUGCCAACUAUUUGUCCCAUUUGCCGUCGUCCACUCUACCAUUAAGCAUCCAUCAUUUUUUGAAGUAUUCUUCGGAAAAUUUGAAGAAAGAAAAUAUCCAGCAGCUGAAUAUUCCUAAUAAUACAGAUAACAAUUUGAUUCAGAAUAAUUCGUUAAAUUUAAAUCUAAAUACAAGUUUUGGGUCUACCGUUAACAGUUUGGCGACUAAUAGUUUGAAUACUUUGAACACUUUGAACACCGGUCAAAUUCAGAAUGUUGCACAGACGAAGAAAAAGAAGAAAAAAGUUGAGAAAGAAAGGAAGCCCAGACCUAAACCAGGUACAACCUCUCAGGCACUACACCUACAAGUGCCUGCUCCGAUUGCUUCCAAUAAUAUGACUAUUUCGUCUUGUAUUCUUCCUUAA